GGCAUCUCUUGACAGCGCGAUCGUCAGUAGCACCUCUGCAAACCCAGCAUCAUGAGCUUCUCCCAGGACCAAGUUGCGAAGUUUCGCGAAUCUUUCAGCCUCUUUGACAAGAAGGGCGACGGCAAUGUGCGCGUGAGCGACCUUGGCACCGUCCUGCGCGCCCUCGGCCAGAACCCCAGCGAAGAAGACAUUCGCAAGAUUCAAUCCGAAAUCGAUCCUGACAACGGCGACAAGCGCAUUAGCUUUGAGGAGUUUUUGCCCCUUCUUGAGCGCGUCAAGGACAAGCGUCCCCCCGGCACCGAGGCCGACUACAUCGAGGGUCUGCGUGUCUUUGACAAGGACGGCAACGGCACCAUCAGCGCUGCCGAACUUCGUCACGUGCUGUGCAGCCUGGGUGAGAAGCUGAACGACGAUGAGGUCGACGCCCUUCUUGCCAACGUCACCAUUGACAGCAACGGUGGCGUCAACUAUACCGACUUUGUCCGCACGGUCAUGUCGGGCUAAGCCACCGCCUGCCACCAAUGGAAAUGUCGGUACUUGUGGCCUCUCAAGCUCAGAACACCGACUACAUUAGCCUGCGUUUACGCGCCCCAAGCCUCCAUCCAUUGAACUGCGUGUCUCUGCUGUCGUCCCCACCUUUCUUUUCUCUGUCUGUCUCCCUGUGCCUUGUUGAUCAUAUACACCGGUGUUGUUUCGGCCCUUUUUUUUUUUGCCUCUGCCCGUUGGUUUCCCGUUACGUCCUGUGGCAUCGUGUGCCUUGACCAAUCGAGAUCCCCUGCACCUC